UCCCCCUCUCCUCCUCUCUCUCCUCCUACUCCUCUCUCCUCCUCCUCUCCUCUCCUCCAGGCUCUCCACUACAUGCUGCUGGUGUCUGAGGUGGAGGAGACAGAGAUCUUUAAGAUCUGUCUGGAGUACUGGAACCAUCUGGCUGCAGAGCUUUACAGGGAGAGUCCCUUCUCCACCUCCACCUCCCCCCUGCUGUCUGGAUCACAACACUUUGAUGUCCCUCCUCGCAGACAGCUCUACCUGCCUGUACUCUCCAAGGUGCGUCUGCUGAUGGUGAGCCGCAUGGCCAAGCCGGAGGAGGUGCUGGUGGUGGAGAACGACCAGGGAGAGGUGGUACGAGAGUUCAUGAAGGACACAGACUCAAUCAACCUCUACAAGAACAUGAGAGAGACACUGGGUACAAUGACCCAUCUGGACUAUGCAGACACGGAGCGUAUAAUGACAGAGAAGCUUCAUAACCAGGUGAACGGUACAGAGUGGUCCUGGAAGAACCUCAACACACUGUGCUGGGCUAUAGGGUCCAUCAGUGGAGCCAUGCACGAAGAGGACGAGAAGAGGUUCCUGGUCACCGUCAUCAAGGAUCUGCUGGGUCUAUGUGAACAGAAGAGGGGAAAGGACAAUAAGGCCAUCAUUGCCUCCAACAUCAUGUACAUUGUGGGCCAGUACCCUCGCUUCCUCAGAGCCCACUGGAAGUUCCUCAAGACCGUCGUCAAUAAACUCUUUGAGUUCAUGCAUGAGACCCAUGAUGGGGUACAGGAUAUGGCGUGUGACACUUUCAUCAAGAUCGCCCAGAAGUGCCGUCGCCAUUUUGUCCAGGUGCAGGUGGGCGAGGUGAUGCCCUUCAUCGACGAGAUCCUCAACAACAUCAACACCAUCAUCUGUGACCUGCAGCCACAGCAGGUCCAUACGUUCUACGAGGCCGUGGGGUACAUGAUCGGAGCCCAGACAGACCAGGCAGUACAAGAGCAUAUCAUAGAGAAAUACAUGUUACUGCCUAACCAGGUGUGGGACAGCAUCAUUCAACAGGCCACCAAGAACGUGGACAUUCUGAAGGACCCAGAGACGGUGAAGCAGCUCGGCAGCAUCCUGAAGACCAACGUCCGGGCCUGUAAGGCCGUGGGACACCCCUUCGUUAUCCAGUUAGGACGCAUUUAUCUGGACAUGCUCAACGUCUACAAGUGCCUCAGCGAAAACAUCUCUGCAGCCAUCCAGACCAACGGAGAGAUGGUGACGAAACAGCCCCUGAUCAGAAGUAUGAGGACGGUGAAAAGAGAGACGCUCAAACUCAUCUCCGGCUGGGUUAGCAGAUCCAGCGAUCCACAGAUGGUGGGGGAGAACUUUGUUCCGCCGUUGCUCGACGCCGUUCUCAUCGACUACCAGCGCAACGUCCCCGCCGCCCGGGAGCCCGAGGUCCUCAGCACCAUGGCAACCAUCGUCAACAAGCUGGGCGGACACAUCACCGGGGAGAUCCCGCAGAUCUUCGAUGCCGUGUUCGAAUGCACGCUCAACAUGAUCAAUAAAGACUUUGAGGAGUACCCGGAACACAGGACUCAUUUCUUCUACCUGCUGCAGGCGGUCAACUCUCAUUGUUUCCCAGCAUUCCUGGCCAUCCCUCCGGCCCAGUUCAAACUGGUGCUGGACUCCAUCAUCUGGGCCUUCAAACACACCAUGAGGAACGUGGCCGACACAGGCCUUCAGAUCCUCUACACUCUACUGCAGAAUGUGACUCAGGAAGAGGCUGCAGCACAGAGCUUCUACCAGACAUACUUCUGUGACAUCCUCCAACACAUCUUCUCUGUGGUCACUGACACAUCACACACUGCUGGCCUGACGAUGCAUGCCUCCAUCCUGACCUACAUGUUUAACCUGGUGGAGGAAGGGAAGAUCAACACCCAGCUCAACCCCUCCAACCCCGGCAACAACCAGGUCUUCAUACAGGAGUAUGUGGCCAACCUGCUCAAAACUGCUUUCCCACAUCUACAGGAUGCCCAGGUCAAGGUGUUUGUAACAGGACUGUUCAGUCUAAACCAGGACAUUGCAGCCUUCAAGGAACACCUGAGGGACUUCCUGGUACAGAUUAAGGAGUUUGCAGGAGAGGACACCACAGACCUGUUCCUAGAGGAGCGGGAGGCGUCGCUGCGUCAGGCGCAGGAGGAGAAACACAAGCUGCAGAUGUCAGUUCCCGGUAUCCUCAACCCACACGAAAUACCUGAGGAGAUGUGUGAUUGAGACGUCCUGCUGUUACUGUACAUACAGGCACACCAACAAACACACAAAACUAACCCGAACAGAAGGAAAGAAGAGCGCUGGGAGGUGGGAGGCCCCCGGUCACUUUGCUGAGGUACGGAGAGAGCAGACACGCCCGUCCUCAUCCAUCAGCUGUUCUGUCCACCAAAAACCAUGUCAAUAUGUAAAUGAUGAUGUACCCCGUGGCCCGUUACACCUGUUUUAUAUGGAGACUUCUGUGUACUAUGUUUCCACUGUUUAUUUGGUCAGGGGUCAGGGGUCAUCACCCCCCUAGCUGCAUGACAUGAAGCAGACGUAUGGUAAGAUUUCUGAACUUCACUUGUUUCCUCCCCUCCACAUGUUAUCUCUCUCUCUCUCUCACACACACACACACAAUAUAUAUAUAUAUAUAUAGUGAGACAGGAGAGUUUUUGUGCAACAAAGCACAUGUGUCAAAAAGUUCUCAGCAAAGAGGCUUCUAGAACUAUGAUGUGACAGACUGGAAGGAAUGAAGUGGUGUUCUAGAAGUGUGUGUGUGUGUGUGUGUGUGUGUCUACCCUGCGUCUGAUUCCCAACCCAAUGCAUUGUGGUUAGAAUGUGAAGCUAGCGGAUUAUGAAGGAAGAAAGUCCGAGAUGCUGCUGCUUUGUGUGUCAGGCUAGCGGCCGUGCUCAUUGGUUGAACCUCCGCCCAACUGAAAGAAACCUACUGCGUUUGGUCGCCUGGCUGUGACUGGAGGCGGGAACUAGGAAGACAGGAAGGAGCAUCAUCGGCGCAAGACAGUCAGAUUAUGUGCAUAUCAUCCCAAUUCUAUAGCACAUGAAUUACCAUGGGAACAUCAUUAUUUCGUUGGUGUGUUGAGUGCGUGUGCUGUCGCCUAGACGACAUGGGCGUUUAGUUUUCCUCUGUGAGGAUCGUUGCUCCAUGGUGAGCUCUUCAUUCAAAUGGACCUUUAACAGAAUGAAGAAGCGGUUAUUGACAUUUUAUUUAUGGGUUCAAAAUAACUGCAUCUUUAUAUAACAAACUCCUGUUUAACUUCUGUCAGUCGGCUUUUGAGAUUCUGAAUUGGAACUAAUUGACAUUGUUUACCAUGUUAGUAGUGCUUCAACAACACUACCUAGAAGACAAGUAAAAAUAAACACAACUCAGUUUACAUUUCAUUUUGUAUUUUUGCAUUGUUUAUUUGGAUCUUUAUAACAUGUCUUCUAUCCAAAAUAAAACAAAAGGCUUUUUAUUCCAGAGUGAAAUAAUUAGUUGCCAAUAGUUUGAUUAAGCAACAAAUGUAUAAUUCCUAAUCCAAACUCAAUCUGUAAAUGGCAAAUAGUUCCCCUUCUCUACUCGUUACAGUUGUUGUGAAACUUUUUGAACUGAUUAAAGUUGAGGAUUUUAUAA